CAAAAGAUUGUGUCUUUGGAUAUGUCUGGCAAUGAUUUAUCUGGGGAGAUUCCAUCUGUUCUUGGGGACUUUAGUGGGUUGGAGUUCUUGAAUUUGUCUGGAAACUCACUUGUUGGAAGCAUUCCCAAAAGUAUUGGAAGGUUGAGAUCUUUGGAUAUUAUGGACUUAAGUGAGAAUGAGUUGAAUGGAAGCAUCCCUUUAGAGAUUGGGGAAAUCACUUCUAUCAGGGAAUUGUGGCUUCAGAAGAACUCGUUAUCUGGCGAAAUUCCCUCUUCCAUCAUGAACUGCUCAUCGUUAGUGACAUUGUCUCUUUCCCAUAAUGACAUAACUGGCCCUUUCCCAGCAGCCUUAGCCAAACUUAAUUCCCUCCAAAACCUUGACUUGUCUUUUAACAGAAUAACCGGAAGCCUACCAAAACAGCUAUCCAGUCUUGCUCACCUCUUAUCCUUCAACAUUUCACAUAACCAAUUAAAUGGAGAGCUACCCACAGGUGGUUUCUUCAACAGAAUUUCACCAUUUUCUGUUUCUGGGAAUCCCUCUCUUUGUGGGCCCGCUCUUAAUACCUCAUGUGACCCUCUCAUUCUUCCCAAACCUCUAGUACUGAACCCUAACUCAACCGUCGAUGACUCCUCUCCCGCAAAAGCCCUUCCAACCUUCCAUCACAAGAAGAAAAUCCUUAGCAUUUCUUCCCUUAUCGCCAUUGCUGCAGCAGCUGUAAUCUUCUUUGGUGUGAUAACUAUAAGCGUCCUCAAUACGCGUGCCCGUCAACCCGUCACUUCUCCACACGCAUUUUAUGGCGGUGACGAUUCUACCCCUUGCUCCACUAACACCAAUGGCGAAGCUAGUGGUUCGGGUAAGCUCGUCAUGUUCUCCGGAGAUCACAACUUUAGUGUGGGCCCCGCUCAUCGUCCCUUGCUCAACAAGGACUCCGAGAUAGGCCAUGGUGGGUUCGGGACAGUUUACAAAACCGUCCUCGGGGAUGGACGUGCCGUUGCGAUCAAGAAACUCACUGUCUCAAAUCUAGUGAAGUCUCAGGAGGACUUCGAAAGGGUAGUUAAG